AUGCGGCCGCCGCGAACCCCCGGGCGCCGAGACGCGGCGUCGUCGCCGCAGACGCCCAAGGGGUUCAACCCGGGCGACCCCGUGGAGGUGGUGCCCGACGAGCCCGGCCUGCGCGGGGCCCACUUCGCGGCCGUCGUCGUGGGGCCGAGCGCCAAGCCCCGCGGCUACACCGUCGAGUACGACUCCCUCCUCGAGUCCGAGGACUCCGACCGCCGGCUACGGGAGGCACUGCCGGCGCGGAGCCUCCGCCCUCGCCCCCCGCCGCCGCCCGCCUCGGGGUCGGGGGGCCCGCCCGCGGAGCACGCCGCCGUCGACGCGCUCAUCGAUGACGCCUGGUGGCUCGGGGUCGCCCUCGGCCGCGCCGGCGCGCCCGGCAAGGUCAGGGUGUGCUUCCCGGAGACCAGGGAGGUCAUGGAGUUCGACGCCGCCGAUGUCCGCCCCCACCUCGAGUGGGUCGCCGGCGAGUGGCGCUCCCCAGAUAGCAUGGAGAUACCGAAGACAAUGCCAUAUGCAAAAGGAAUGCAAAUCGAAGUUUCCAAGUUGGAAGAUAAUUCUGUUGUUGCUUGGUCACCUGCAGUUGUCGCAAAGACUAUCUGGAAGAACAACCUAUUAGUCGACUACACUCUUUCGAAGUGUUAUGGUACUGCAUUGUCUGAGGAGAUUGUUGAUAUGAAGCAUGUGAGGCCUUGCCCACCACAACCAUCAGAGAUUAGUCUCUGCAUCAAUGAUGAGGUUGAAGCAUUCCAAGGUGAUUGCUGGUGGCUAGGGGUGAUUACAAAUGUUCAUCCAGAAUUCAAAUACACAUUUAAGUCGGCGCAUUUAGGGACGGAAGUUGAGGUGAACCAGAAAUCUCUGAGGCUUCGAUAUGAUUGGGUUGAUGAUCAAUGGGAACAAGUAUCAAAGAAUGUGGCCAAGUUAAAAUUUACACAAGGUGUCAAGGUUGAAGUCUGCAGCGAUGAUGAAGGUUUUCGUGGAGCCUGGUUCGAGGCGACUAUUGUUAAACCUGUCGGCAGCAAGUUCCUCGUGGAGUAUGCUACACUGAAGGCCGAUGACGAGACCAAACCUUUGAAAGAAUCUGUAGAAGCGCGGCACAUCAGACCUUGCCCUCCAGAUAUCCCUGUCACUGAUGGAUUCGAGCUACUUGAUGAGGUCGAUGCCUUCUGCAAUGAUGGGUGGUGGGUUGGUGUGGUAUCCAAGGUCCUUGGUGAGAAUAGGUGCAUGGUCUACUUCAGGCCUUGGAAGGAAGAGAUGGAAUUCGAGCAUGCGCAGCUGAGGUUGCACUGUGACUGGAUGGGUGGAAGGUGGAUGCGGGCUUCCCCGGCUCUGGAGAUGUGA